AUGGCUACUACGUUAUUACGACCUCCAGAGCCCCAGGCUAUUGCGCCCGAUUCAGACUCUUCGGAUGCUGCGGACCACCAGAAUCGCCAUUUUUACUCCCACAGCUUCUCAACACCACGCCAAUAUCCAGCCGAUAUCCCUCAUCCAAUUCUCGAGGAGGAAGCCGGCGAAUCUGGCAGUGAAUCACCUAUAGAACCUGUUACACCCGUUAGCGGCGGCCGUCACUCGCAAGACUUUACCAAUGUUCAGCAAUUUGACCAGAAUCUCACUCUGACACACUACAAUACUACUCAAAACCCGCCUACCUCAAAUCCUGCGAAACAGCCUCUUCAGCCCGACUCGCCUGUGGACCAGACCACUCCUAAGCAAACUCGCCAACCGUCGCCAUAUCGUUUGCUGCAUCGCGCGCGCUCAGUUAUUGGCAACACGACUAUUCCUACCGCCGAGCCCCCUCUCCCCACGCGAAAGCAGCCAGAAUCCGAACUCGACUCUCAGCCCGGCACUCUCUCGCGUCGCUCUACUCGUGGCUCUACGUCCAGUUUCAAACGCACAAUGACGAACCUCUUCCGCCGGUCUUCGUCCGCCAUUGAGCGCGACACUCCGAACUAUGAGUCUGGUACGCCCAGCCCCAGCUCAACAGACAGCGGCUACCACCGCAAUCCCGCACCGACAAGUGCUCCUCGCAGCAUUCCCGCGACAGCAUCAUACAAGACUCAGUCGACCGCAUCCAAUUCGCCCCCGACACCCGGCUCGCCUUUGGAAAUGGCUCCCUCACACCGAAGCACCAUCUUUGGCAAGUCGUUACCUGGGCCCGAAGACUUCCAGAAGAAGAACCGCGCCUCCACCGGGUUUACCCUGCGCGGUCGUGUCGUCAACUUUGCUGGACGCGGCGGACGUAAUGGCAAGGCUCCUCGCCGUGCUAGCAGCUUUGAUGCUGGAAACGGUGGAACCCCCGGCCAUUCGCAUCAUGAGCACAAUGACAACAAAAUGUAUCCUGCUGAGCGCCAACCAUGGGCCCUACCUCCCGAUGCUGGUACAGGCACCAAGGCCCGUCGCAUGAGCCUGAGUCUACCCGACGACUUCAUGAUCGACACUGCCGACCUUCUCGCGGAAUACGAGUAUCAGCACAAGCUGCUCGGUCGUCACGGCAAGCACCUGGGCAAGGGUGCCGCCUCCAAGGUCACCUUGAUGGCCCGCAAGGGUUGCCCCAAUGAGCUCUACGCUGUCAAGGAAUUUCGCGGCAAGUCCAAGAGCGAGAGCCAGGAGGAGUACGAAAAGAAGAUCAAGUCGGAGUUUAGCAUUGCCAAGAGCCUGCAUCACCCCAAUAUUGUCGAAACUGUCCGUCUUUGUACCGACCAUGGCCGUUGGAACCACGUCAUGGAAUACUGCUCCGAGGGCGACCUGUUUGGUCUUGUCCAGAAGAAUUUCUUCAAGGGCGAGUCCAAGCUGAAGGAUCGUCUUUGCAUCUUCAAGCAGCUCGUCCAGGGCGUUGCUUACCUCCACGCCCACGGAAUCGCCCAUCGCGACAUCAAGCUCGAGAACCUGCUCAUUACCAAGGACAGCAAAAUCAAGAUUACCGACUUUGGUGUCUCUGAGGUCUUUACUGGCACGCAUCCCGGCCUCCGCGAAGCUCAUGGACUGUGCGGUCAGAACAUGGGUGAUGUCCGUCGCUGCAAUCCCGGCAUUUGCGGCAGUGAGCCAUAUAUUGCCCCGGAAGUUCUGGCCAAGAAGGGAUCCUACGACCCCAGAGCUCUCGACGUUUGGGGUACCGGUAUUGUCAUGAUCUACCUCAACUUUGGUGGUGCUAUUUGGUCGCGCGCUGAGCCCGGCAAUACCCACUACGAUAAACUUGUAAAGGGUUGGGAGCGCUGGUACAAGAGGCACCCCGACCCCGAGGCCGUCAUCACCGACACCGACUACCCCAAGUGCUUGGCGCUCGAUGUUGGUGUCAACCCGCCUGCGUUGCGCCGCGUUCUGCUACAGAUGCUUAACCCCGACCCUACCAAACGCAUUAGCAUCAUGGAGGUUGCCAACAACCGAUGGGUCAAGAAUAUUGAAUGCUGCCAGCUCGAGUCAUAUGAUGACCCAACGCUCUGCAUUGAUGCCACGAAAUCGAACUCGGCCAACAAUAAGCGAAUCUUUUGCCACAACCAUCUUCCUAUCAAGACCAUGGGUUCGCACUCUCUCGGCAAGAUGCCUGGUCAGCCGGGUUACUAA